AUGAUAUGUUUGGUACGGCUGAAAAACAGCAAGACAAGUGUUUUUAGAGCACAAACGUAUUCUGUUCGUGCAUCUCCUAGUCGUAUAUUACCCAGAUUUCGAAAUUCCCGUUUAAAUCCUCUUUAUCGUGCAAGAUUUGAGCAAUCUGAAAAAACACCAAUUGUGAAACCAACUCAAGCCGAAGUGCGUCUACCAGAUGAUCCAAAAGGCAUUCUACCUCAUACACAAACACUUCUUGGUAUUUUUGGCAAUUCAGCAUUGGUCAUUGAGCGAAAAAUGGAGAUGAUGAAUGUGUUUUUUGGUUUUGAACAGGCAAAUAAGUAUGUUAUAAUGGAUUCAUGUGGAAAACAUGUGGGAUAUAUUGCAGAAACAGGUGGCCAGUCGUUAACAAAGAUGUUGGCACGUCAAGUAUUUAGGACGCAUCGGUCCUUUAAAGCCCAUAUUUUAGAUCGAGAAGGAAACGAAGUACUUCUUAUUGAGAGGCCUUUUUCUCUAGUGAAUUCGACUAUUAGGAUUGUAGAUACUAUGAACAAUGCAAAUCAUGUGGUUGGAGAGGUUCGUCAGCAAUGGCAUGCUUGGAGACGAAAAUAUAAUCUUUUUCUCAAAAGAGACGAUACUUUUUCUCAGUUUGCAUACAUAGAUGAGCCAUUAUUUUCAUGGGAUUUUUCAUUAAUGGAUCAAGAUGGGCAAUUAAUCGGAUCUGUCAAUAGGAAUUUUAUGGGUUUGUUACGUGAAAUGUUUACUGAUACUGGAAACUAUGUUUUACGUAUGGAUUCUGUUUCUUCACAAACAAAUGAUACAGCAGUAGAUUCAAAACAACUUGUUAAUAAUCAAAAAAAUGUUGUUCCUUUAUCAAAUAGGGGUCUUACACUAGAUGAAAGAGCAGUAAUUUUAGCAACAGCUAUUAGUAUUGAUUUUGAUUAUUUUUCCAAAUUAUCAAAAAGUGGUACAGGUAUUGGCUCAUUUUUACCCUUAUGGUUUCCUGUGUUCGGAGGUGGUACUAGUGAUAGUUCUACUGAAGAUUCGAAUCAGGCGCCUGCCUCUCAGGAUCAGGAUACUCAUGUAUCUUCUGAUGAAACUGCUAAAGCUGAAGAUACAGGCAAGAAUUGGUGGGAUCUUCAACCUAGUAAUGAUGUAUGGGGCGAAGGUGAUAAUGAUCCAUGGAAUAAUGCAAACCAAGAUGCUGAGGACAAUGCCUCUUGGGGUGAUUUCUUCGAGGAAGACGAUUGA